AUGUUUAUUCUUUGUAACUGUACUCUUCGCACCAUUUCUCUUUCUCUCUCCAACGUAAAAUCAUAUCUCUAUUUCGUUUUAAGUGCAGAAAGUGUAAUGCAUAGCAUAGUACGACUUCCAGAGAGCAGAGCCAUUCCAAUCCAUGCCGGUGCACGUGGUACUGGUAGCUAUAUUUAAAAAAUAUCGUAGAUUGUCAAAGCAUUUUUCGAAUUGAUGACAUUUAAAAGAUGCCGAUUUCGGCACUGGACGUAAGAACGGCAAAACUAAUUACCACCACGCAAAUAAUAACGUCCGUGUAUGCCGUGGUGAAGGAAUUGAUAGAAAAUGCCAUCGAUGCCAACGCGGAGAGCAUCGAAAUUAACCUUGUAGAUAACGGCACAUCCUUAAUAGAAGUAAAGGACAAUGGUUGUGGCAUAUCUAAGGAGGACGCGCCGUAUAUGGGAUUACCUUCCCACACGUCUAAAAUAUCAAAUUUUGAAGAUCUAGAUACAUUGCAAACGUUUGGAUUCAGAGGAGAAGCACUUAGCGCAGUGUGCGCGGUAGCAGAAGUUGUCAUUAUAACAAAAACGAAAGAGGAUAAUGUUGGGACCUCGUACGCAAUGAAUCAUGAUGGACAAGUUGUCAACCGUGAACCUUGCCAUAGAAGCACCGGAACUACGGUGCAAGUGAGAAAUUUAUUUAAGCAAGUGCCUGUAAGGAGACAAAUAAUUAUCAAUACGAGAAAAGCUAAUCAGACUAUCAAAUUAUUGGAGACACUGAUGCAAUGCUUUGGGAUAUGUAAACCAAACGUACGAAUUCAAUUCAGAACGAACAAUAAUGUUACGUUUACAAAGCCAAGUCUAAAUAAUAUCAAAGAAGCUGUGAAUCAUAUACUUGGCAGAAAAAUUAUGUCUAACAUGGAAUGGAUUGAGUUUAAGGAUGCAGAGCUUACUUUGCAAUUAAUGUUGCCUUCAAAAAAGGUACAGGAUCUAUCAGAAAUUUCUCAUUCCGAUUUACACUAUAUUUUUGUAAAUAAUAGGCCUAUUAAGCACAAGGAUCUUGAAAAGCUAGUAAAUGGUUUGAUAUUAGAACAUUUUGAACAAGAGUCAUGUAGAAAGAAAGUGGUAUUUCUUGUGUACAUUACUUUGAGGCCAAUGGACAUUGAUGUCAAUCUAGAACCAAAUAAAGAUGCAAUUUUUUUCAAAGAUCAGAAUAAAGUCCUUAAUGCUGUUGAUAAAUAUAUAAGGAAAUUUUAUGGACUUAAAUCUGCGGAAGUUACUGAACAAAACGUGUCGUUAGACACGUCUGCCUGUUAUGAAGAUUACACACCUAGUGCGAAUGAAAAUGUGGCUGACACCGAAUGGCCUGCGUGCAAAAGACGAAAAAUACAUGCUCAAGAGAGAGUUAUUCGAGAAGAUAUUGUUAAAGAAAAACCGAUGCUUAAUAAUGAUAAUGUAUAUGAGAAACCUCAAGAUGAGCAACAGAAUGAUAAUCAGAUUUGUGAUCAGAAGCAUUACAGAGAUACAUUGGCUGUGACAUCCCAUAUACAACCACCAAAUUUGAGCGAUUCUGAUUCAAACGAUACCGUCCCUACCACUAAUGAUGAGACUAAUGUAAAUUGCAGGGCGGAAUAUAGUUUAACUUUAAGUCAGCUACCUGUAGUAGACCUUGGUGAGGAUUUUGACUUUAUAGAAGAAAUUGGAAAUUGUCAUAUUUCCGUGAAUAAAAACGAGGAUAAAGUAGACAUCCAAGAAAAGCAAGUUACAUUGGAAGCAUGGAGUAAGGGUCAUGUCACUGGACUUAAGGGUGGUACAGUUAUAAAAUCGGAUAUUGCCAUUGAGAGACAGUCAGAUGAUAACUUAAAUAAUAAGACUGAUGAAAUAAUAGAGCCAGAUAGAACGCACGUUGAUCACAAAAAUCUUAAAUUUCUAAAGCAUGUUAGAUCACAAGUUGCAAAGGAAAAUCCUACGUUAACAGCAGCCCAAACUGCAAGAAAGAUUACCGACUUCUGGAAGCAACUGUCAUCCGAAGAGCGCGGUUAUUAUCGCGAUAUCGCGCGUGAAGAAGAAAAGGAACAUCAGAGCCAGGAAAAAGUCGAGAAAAGAGCAUCUAUUCGAGUAGAUGCGAAUAAAGACUCGGAGAAAAAUAAAAGCAGACUCUUACAGCUAUUUGAAAAGAUGAAAAAUACGAGAAACGAGAGGAAAGAAAAAUUAAAUUUGAGGACGAUAGUACCUUGGAUCAUCGACAGAACUAAGAUAAUCACAAGGUCAGGUUUUGAUAGUGAUCACGUAAUAGGUCGAUUGACACCCAACUUAUGGGUUGCUACAAUUUGCGAACAAAUAUGGAUUGUAGAUAUUACUGGUCUGAUGAAAGGUUUGAAAGUUACCGAUAUCGAUACAGAUAAGAUUGAUGCCAAGAGGAUUGAACGUCUUCUCAAGCAAUGGUUAGUAGAACGAGAUGAUAUGUCAGUGAUGCAUUCUAUACACGAAUUCGCGAAAAAAGUGUAGAUACUUGUAUUAGCACUACGAUUCGUGUAAGAUAUUUUUUAAAAUUAUUUUACAAAUAAUUUUAUAACAUCGCAUUUUAUGUACAAUAUGUUUUAAUAUGUAACAUCUGGAAUUAUAUAGUUCAGGCUAAUUGUAAGAUACAAUCUGUAUAAUCCUACACAACUGUAUACACUACAGAUAAUAAAAUAUGUAUAAAUAAUGACUAAAACUAAAAAUCACAAAAUAAGUA